UCAAAUCAUUAAAUUAAAUAUCAAACAGAUACUAAAUACAAUAAAGAUCGAAGCUAUUGAAGAGUUUAUGAAGUUUGCAAACAAUAAGUGCUUACAACAAAAACUCUCAUAUAAAAACGCUCAAAUAUAUUCCAUAUUAAGCAUAAAAAUAGUCAAAGUGUUAACACUGGAACUGGAGCAACUGGAGUUAUGAGGCCGUGGAAGAGGCAGAUUGGGGAGAUUGCCGAUAAGACUUGUCGCAAUUCAAUUGGAGCGUCAACGCUCAUGACGUGACCAUAAAAAAAAGACCUGGCCUAAACAAACAAAAAAACACGACACUGAUGGGGCGGGAAAAAAUUCAGAGACGAGGGCCAUAUCGAGCCAAAGAUUGAAAAAUUAACAUAAUUGCAGUAAUAAUAAUGGGGCUUGUCCCUAGGGGCGGCGAGUGCGUUUCCCGCCCCAAUGGGUCUGGGGCGUGUCCGCUGGGCGUGGCCCACGUUUACUUCAAUCGCUUGCGGCAUGUCCACACCUGCGUAUCGUUUUGUGGCAACCUUGCUGCUGCUCCAUGGACUGCAGCUGGCCCUCAAGGUCCAUGGCUUUGGGCUGAAUCUGAUGAAGGUACAAGGCGAGGAUCGUGGCCAAGGAGCCUGUAUCCUGGCCCUGCUACGCAAGUACUUUGACUCCGGGGAUGGACUUUCGGGAUCAGUGCUUUGCUUCACACGCAACUAUCAGAUGCACAACAUCCAGGAUCAGCUGCUGAGGGACAUUAACUCAUAUGCAGAUUAUCCUUGGACUAUUCUGGUCACUAAUUCACGGGAUAGCGCUAAUGCAGCGGAGUUUCUAAUGCACGAGAAGCCGCAGUGCUAUUUUCUCAUAGUGGAGAAUCUAGACGAUGAAGACCUAGACGAACUCUUUGAGCACUGGAAGAGCAUGGUCAAUUGGAAUCCCCUGGCUCAGUUUGUGGUCUACCUGGCUGCCAUUGAGGAAACGGAUGAGGAGAUGACGGAUCUGAUGGUGGAAUUGCUUCUUACCUUUAUGAACAAAAAGAUUUUCAAUGUGAAUGUGAUUGGGCAGAGCGAGGAGAAUGAGUUCUUCUAUGGGAAAACUGUGUUUCCCUAUCAUCCGGAUAAUAAUUGUGGAAAUCGGGUGAUAUCUGUGGAACUACUGGAUGCCUGUGAUUAUACAGGUGAUGACAAAGGGGAAGUAGAGCAAGAGGAUGAAGAUUACGACGAGGCUGAAGGGGAUGAAGGUGGAGACCAGGAAGUCACUGAAGAUGAGGGAAAUACAAAUGCCACGGAAAGUACUGAACAGAGCAAGGAGGAGUCAUCUAGGGAUUAUGAAAGUCCAGGUGGGAACGAUGAUUAUACUCAAAAUAAAAUUGAAAGUGAGGAAAAUAUUCUUGAACAUGAUAACGGGAAAGGUGAUGUUACCAAGGAAGAUGCUAACGAUUAUGAAGGACAUGAAAUUGAUCCAUCUCCAAGUGAAGAAGUUGAAGAUACAGAUUCCCAAAACCAAGAUAAUUAUGAAGAAACAGAAAUAUAUCAACGAUCUCAUAAAUAUUCCAUUAAAUCUUUUGCUGAAAGCAGUGAAAAUCUAAUUGAAACCACAACUGAAGUAACCAACGUUGAUCAAAUUGAGACUACAACUGAGGCUGACCCCGAAGUAUUUAGUUCCACAGAGACAAAUAAUGAGAAUACAACUGACAAAUCCUCACAGGAUGACACUGAUCAAUCUUCUCAGGAGCAUACAAAUGAAGACAGCCUUGAGAAGAUUAUGAAAACCAACUUGUCAGAGCCAGAGGCCAUCAUAGAGGAGUUUUAUCGCGCCAAGUUCGAAGACAAAUUCCCCAAAGAUCUCAGUGGAUGUCCUUUAACAGCCGCCUUUCGUCCUUGGGAGCCGUAUAUUUUUCGCAACAGUGAAGAUGAGCCUCCGGAAGAUUACUAUUAUGGCCUGCGAGGAGAUGGCGAUGAUUACAAUGAGACAUCUAGCUAUGGCGAGUCAGAGGACGAAUUUGAUGCGGAUCCUGAAGUAGAAGACGAAGUCGAGGAUACCGAGACUGAGUCGAGUGCAAACAUUAAGCUGAGUGGCAUCGAGUUCCAAAUGGUACAGACCAUUGCCGAGAGGCUGCAUGUAAAUAUCGAAAUGCAGGGAGAAAACGGCAACUUGUAUCAUCUUUUUCAGCAGUUAAUCGAUGGGGAAAUUGAGAUGAUUGUGGGUGGCAUAGAUGAGGAUCCCAGCAUCAGCCAGUUUGUAUCCAGUUCCAUACCCUAUCACCAGGACGAACUCACUUGGUGUGUGGCCAAGGCAAAACGCAGGCAUGGAUUCUUUAAUUUUGUGGCCACAUUUAAUGCGGAUGCAGGUUUCCUGAUCGGACUAUUUGUAAUCACAUGCUCGCUGGUAGUGCUGGUGGCCCAACGCGUUUCCGGUUUCCGGCUGCGUAAUCUCAGUGGAUAUUUUCCUAUUUGUCUUAGAGUUUUGGGCAUCCUGCUCAAUCAGGCCAUUCCCCUUCAGGAUUUCCUGACAUUGAGGCAACUAUUUGCUCUGUCCUUUCUAAUGGGUUUUUUCUUUAGCAACACGUAUCAGAGUUUCCUGAUCAGCACACUGACCACUCCACGUAGUUCCCAUCAGAUUAAGACGCUGGAGGAGAUCUACAGCAAUCGAAUGAUCGUAAUGGGAACCUCCGAGAAUGUUCGCCACCUUAACAAAGAUGGGGAGAUCUUCAAGUACAUUCGCGAAAAGUUCCAAAUGUGUUAUAACCUGGUGGAGUGCCUCAAUAAUGCCGCCCAUAAUGAACACAUUGCCGUAGCCGUAUCCCGGCAGCAUUCCUUUUAUAAUCCACGCAUUCAACGUGACCGUCUCUAUUGCUUCGACCGACGGGAAUCCCUGUAUGUGUAUCUUGUGACAAUGCUGCUGCCCAAGAAGUAUCAUCUUCUGCACCAGAUCAACCCGGUGAUCCAACACAUUAUCGAGUCGGGACACAUGCAAAAGUGGGCCAGAGAUCUGGACAUGCGUCGCAUGAUCCACGAGGAGAUCAAUCGGGUGCGGGAGGAUCCCUUCAAGGCUUUAACCUUUGAUCAGUUUCGUGGCGCCAUAGCCUUCUCUUCCGGACUUCUUCUAGUGGCCAGCUGUGUCUUUGGUCUAGAAUGGUUGUAUCUCCUUUAUGUCCAUCGCAAAAGAAUGAAAAGAAUGGCCAAGAAAAAAAUAUCUAAAAAACAGAACAUCAAGUUAAGAUCACAAAUCAAGCGUACAGGUUAAUUAAAUAAAUAUUACAUUCAAAAUUUUAGACUUUUAAAUUUAA